GAAGGAGGAGGAGGAAGAGGAGGAGGAAGGAGGGGUCCCCGCGGCUUUAUCUCCCACCCGGCUCCGCCCGCUGCCGCCUGCCUCCCGUCGCCGCUCCGCACCGGUCGGCUCCGCACGGCCGAGCGCAGCGCCGGGCAGGGCAGCGCCCAUGGGCUGCGGGAACUCCACGGCCAGCGGCGCGGGAGGGCGAGGUGCCACAGGGACUACUAAAGAUGUAGCAGAAGAAUCUGUAUCGGAUGACGACAAAAGGAGGAACUAUGGCGGCGUGUACGUUGGCCUGCCAUCAGAUGCGACUGCCAUGGUUUCCAGUCAGACAAAAGCUGCACCGAAAGAUUAGAAGGAAAUAAAUGCAUCAAGAUCCAAACAGCUGGAGUCUUCUACUAAGACCAGUUGCCAGUGCUUUAGAGAAGAGUUGUCUUUGCUGAAGAUUUUUAUAUUUACGUAGCCUUCUGGAGAGCAAGGGAGAUCAGAGCACCAAAAAAUGUUAACUAUUGAAAGUUCCAGCUACGGGUAAAGCUUAAAGUACAGCGUUGAAUCAGUUUCCUACGAUGGUUGGAUUCUGGAAACCUUCUGCUGUUCUCCAGUGAAGAAUGAAACUAAUGAACUCAAAGGUGGAUGUUUCUGCACAAGAGCUAACUUUGAUGAUCUGCAACUUAUUUCUCUGUGGCCAUACUGCAGAUUUCAUCAGCUAUCAGCUACGCUUCAUAUAUUUUCUCCAACAAUUUUUGAUAGAUUUUUGUAUAGGAAAACAUUACUACUGUCCACUUAAUAGUUCCUGUGGUAGGUUCCUAUAAAUUAAUUGUUAAUUUACUUCAGAGUAAUAUAUUUGACAGGUUUGCAUCUUUUUGGUAAUAUUGCAAAUUUUAAUAUUUUUGCUGUGAAAACUAAAGAACGGGAUGAAAUAAGACCAUCGGGUUCUUUAUAAUUAAUACUGUUACUUUUAUAUAGUGAGACAAAUAUCAGUGUUUCAUUUUCACCUUUUAAGAAGAUAUUGCUCAAGGAAAUUUAUUUGAAUAAGAACAAUGUACUUCAUAGUAAUAUUUAUGUGUCUGUUUUUAUUUUCUUGAGCUUUGUCUCUUUUGUAAAGCAUUACAUGGAAAAAAUACUAAUGAACCAAACUAUUAUGUGAUGUCUUCCAUUCUGUCUAAUAUUAUAAUGACGUUUCCUUGCGUAAGGAUGAAGUUAAAAUAUUUUCAGAGCUAGCAGGACUAAACUUCUGUGCUACAUCCUCUUGAACUGUAGAGGAUUUUUGAUCACUAUUAGAGUUUUGUAUCCCUGAUGCAUCUCUAAGCAUCUCCAGUAUGGCAAAUUGCAACACAAUGCAAGUUAUUAUUACUUUAGCAAAUUGUUGUAUUGAAUAAUGGAUGGGAGGUUUUAAAAUUCUUUACGUUUAUAGCAACUGUAGGUUUCCCACAAAGCAUAAAACAGAUUGUGUGUUUCCGUAUGGCUGAACAAGUAUUGAAAUUACUAAAGCCUUUUGCAUAGUUCUUAAGUCAAACUUUUUUAAUAGGACAUGAUAUACUGUACACUUUAAACAAACAAAUAAACAGAAGAACCCAACCCACACCACAUUAAUGUAUUACUGUAGGUGAAUGAUCACUUUCAAAAUUAAAAAAAAAGCAAAACAAAA